GAAAUGUCUUUUGUUUCAGGAUGUUUGAGAAUCGUGGCCAACACAUGAUAGAAAAUGAUUACACACCAUGUUCAGCACUUGAUAUCUUUGUGAAGGACAUGGGAAUUGUUACUCGUGAAUCAUCAUCAUGGAAAGUUCCACUUCAGCUAUCAACUAUUGCUCACCAACUAUAUCUGGCAGGUUCUUCUGCUGGCUGGGGACGGAUUGAUGAUGCUGGUGUUGUCAAGGUUUACGAGAUGCUAACUGGUGUAAGAGUUGAAGGAAAACUUCAGACACAAAGGAAAGACACUAUGUUACGUUCUCUUCCACCAGAGUGGCCCCAAGAUCAUGUUCUUGAUGUACAAACACUAAAAGAAAGCAAUUCAAAGAUUUUAGUUGUAUUAGAUGAUGAUCCGACAGGAACACAAACUGUUCAUGAUAUUGAGGUAUUAACAGAAUGGACUACUGAGUCACUGAUUGAGCAGUUUGGGAAAAGUCCAAAAUGCUUUUUCAUUUUGACAAACUCCAGGUCACUUAGUUCCGACAAGGCCAGUGCACUGAUAAAAGAGAUUUGCAGAAAUCUGGACACUGCAGCGAAAUCAUUUGACAGCAUUGACUAUUCCGUAGUUUUGAGGGGAGAUUCAACUUUACGAGGUCAUUUUCCAGAGGAAGCAGAUGCGGUUGUUUCAGUAUUGGGUGAAAUGGAUGCAUGGAUAAUUUGUCCCUUUUUCCUUCAAGGGGGUCGUUAUACUAUUGCAGACACACACUAUGUUGAUGAUUCUGAUAUACUUGUUCCUGCAGGGGACACAGAGUUUGCCAAAGAUGCUUCCUUUGGCUACAAAUCUUCAAACCUGCGUGAUUGGGUAGAGGAGAAGACAAAUGGUCGAAUACUUGCUAGUAGUGUUGCAUCUGUUUCUAUCCAACUUUUGAGGAAAGGAGGACCAAAUGCAGUUUGUCAGCAUCUGUGCAGUUUGCAGAAGGGGACAAUAUGCAUAGUUAAUGCAGCUAGUGAACGAGACAUGACUGUAUUUGCACUUGGAAUGAUCAAGGCAGAAUUGACAGGAAAACGUUUCUUGUGUCGCACUGCUGCUAGUUUUGUCUCUGCCCUUAUGGGAAUCAUCUCUAAGCCUCCAAUAUUGCCAAGUGAUCUAGGAAUAGCUAAUGAAAAGAAUGGUGGUCUGAUAGUUGUGGGGUCCUAUGUUCCAAAAACAACAAAGCAGGUUGAAGAACUCAAACUACAGUGUGGUCAGUUCUUAAAAAGCAUUGAGGUAUCAGUUGAAAAACUUGCAAUGAGCCCUAUUGAGGUGAGGGAGGAGGAAAUCAGUAGAACAGCUGAAUUAGCAGACGUAUAUCUUAAAGCUCAUAAAGACACUUUAAUAAUGACCAGCCGAAAUCUCAUAACUGGAAGAACUGCAGCUGAGAGUUUGGACAUUAACUAUAAAGUGAGUUCUGCUUUGGUGGAAAUAGUGAAAAGAGUAACUACAAAACCUCGCUAUAUAAUUGCAAAGGGUGGUAUUACGUCUUCAGACCUCGCUACGAAAGCCCUUGGUGCAAGAUGUGCGAAGAUAGUUGGACAAGCACUUGCUGGUAUUCCCUUGUGGCUAUUAGGCCCUGAAAGUAGACAUCCUGGAAUUCCUUACAUUGUCUUCCCUGGUAAUGUUGGUAACAGCACAGCAUUGGCAGAAGUUGUGAAGUCAUGGACUUACCCAAUCAUUUUUACAUCAACGAAAGAAAUUCUUAAUAAUGCAGAAAAGGGUGGUUAUGCUGUUGGAGCAUUUAAUGUCUACAAUUUGGAAGGAGUUGAAGCUGUUGUUUCUGCUGCAGAGGAAGAACAGAGUCCUGCUAUAUUACAGAUCCAUCCAGGGGCCUUGAAGCAAGGAGGAAUUCCCUUGGUUGCUUGUUGCAUUUCUGCUGCAAAGCAAGCGAGUGUUCCAAUUACUGUUCACUUUGAUCAUGGAACUUCAAAGCAGGAUCUUGUGGAAGCUCUUGAUCUGGGAUUCAGUUCCAUUAUGGUUGAUGGUUCACAUCUUUCUUUCAACGAAAAUGCUGCAUACACAAAAUUUAUAACAUUACUGGCGCACUCAAAAAAUAUGCUGGUGGAAGCUGAGCUAGGAAGAUUGUCAGGGACAGAAGAUGAUUUGACUGUAGAAGAGUUUGAAGCCAGACUAACCGAUGUGAAUAUGGCAUCAAAAUUCAUAGAUGAGACCGGAAUAGAUGCUUUGGCAGUGUGUAUUGGUAAUGUGCAUGGGAAGUACCCUGCAAGUGGUCCAAAUCUCAGACUUGAUCUGCUCAAGGAGCUGCAUGCUUUGAGCCUGAAGAAAGGAGUUUAUCUGGUGCUUCAUGGUGCGUCUGGUUUGAGCAAAGAACUUGUUAAGGAGUGCAUAAAUCUUGGUGUUAGAAAGUUCAAUGUGAACACCGAAGUAAGGAAAGCAUACAUGGACUCCCUGAUUAACCCCAAGAACGAUCUAGUUCAUGUCAUGGCUUCUGCUAAGGAAGCCAUGAAAGCUGUGGUUGCAGAAAAGAUGCAUCUCUUUGGUUCAGCUGGAAAGGCGUAAUUUCUUCAAAUUUACUUGCUAGGACUAUUGGUGACUCUCAACUUCAUAUUAUUUUUCUAUAAUGUUGUCUUGUUUGUAGUAAGGAAUCGUUGUAUCAUUUCAUUCAGUUCAAUAAAUGCUUUCUAAUUCUCUUAUACCUA